AUGCAGCUAACUUCGGACGGGGAGGCCCACGAUGAACUGGACUUUGAGAUAUUGGGGAACGAAGAGUCGAGGCCCAUCAGGCUAAACACCAACAUAUUCAUAGACGGCUAUGGAAACAGGGAGAAAACGGUUCAUCUCAGCUGGUUUGACCCCACCGCUGACUUUCACAAUUUUUUUUUUUUUUUUCCAAUGUAUUUGUGCAGAUUUUUCGUGGAUGAGGUUCCUGUAAGGGUGAUGAGGAAGGUCGACGGGAAAUCGUACCCUGCGACGAGGCCAAUGUGGUUACAGGCCAGCCUGUGGAAUGGAGAGCCCUGGGCCAUGGACACUGACCAGAAGAAAAUCAACUGGGCCUACGGGCCGUUCCGGGCCUACUUCAAGGAUUUCAGCGUCGACGGUUGUCCCGUGGACGACGAAGGUUCCGAUUUGGCGUCGUGUUCUUCGCCGGAGUAUUGGUGGAACGCCGAGAGAUAUUGGACACUCGACGAGGCACAGCAGAUGGCGUACGAGCAUGUCCUCGAGCAUUACCAAACUGCUGACUACUGCGUCGACAGGCCCCACCCUCCCGAGUGCGGCCUGUAA